AUGGAAGAGCAGAUGUCCUAUGGACAGAUUGGUACAGACAGACAUUUCGAGCCUCAGGCCACAAGGACGAAAGAAUCCUAUACACGUCAGAACGAUCCCCAAAUAUGGCGUCAAUAUAGUACUGACAGAUCACAAGGCCACGGUUACGAAGCCGGAGUAGCGACGCAUGCUCACGGUAAACAAAUGCCUCCGAUAACAGCUUAUGAAUUUACCAUGAUACAAGAGCCUGUGCAAGUAGAAGCUUUGGAAUCUGUUGAUAAGUCUCCCAAGUCGAAGAAUGGACAAAGGAAAAAAACAACCUGGCCAAUAGAGCCUAUGCCAGUUAUUGAGGUCAAGGUCAUGGGGGAAGGUGGUGCCAAACCACAUCCACUUAUCAACGUACAUCCGUCGAUGUUCGCAUAUGCUCGACUCUAUGCCCUGGACGACAAUCGAGGCGUGGUCGAAGCACAUGAGCUGCAAGGAAAUUGUGCAGCAUCUGUCUUUCAAGCGAAACAACACGGUUACAUGUUCUUCCCCGACCUGAACGUAAAGUAUCCUGGUAAUUACUACCUCGAAUUCACCCUCGUCGAGAACGUCGUCGAUCAACCUCGUUCGAAUUGCUAUGCAGUUCCUGUAGGUCUGAUCAGAUCGAGGUCAUUCACAGUACUGCCGCGUGGUUAUCAGCUGCCACCUGCUUUACGUCCGACUGAUAUCAAUAAGAUCCUCGAGUCAGCCGGCGCGAAAUUGCGAUACCGAAAACCAAUCCCAGAGAAGAGAAGGAAAGAGGAUGAUUGGGGCUCAAGCCUUGCAGAUCUCCGACGAGUCUCGGUAGGCGCAAAUAUUGGCAAUCGUCACAAGGGUCGUAAAUCUCAGCAGGAUGCGCCUGCCGAAGGUGUCCUCACGACGCUUCCAACUACUAAUCCUCCUGUCAGCGGAUUUCCAUUUGCUUUCGCCAAUACUUCACAGCCAAUGACUUUUGCAAGUCAACCACAAACAAGCAGCAACAAUACCUAUGCAUGGGCAAACUCUGGUAUACCGGUUUCAAAUGCAGAUCAGCCAAGUGUUCAUAUGCCUAUUACAGGUUCGUGGAGUAACAAUCAACAGGAGAUGUUCAGCUCGAGCGAUGAUUCGGAUGAGAUGAUCCUUGCAAAUCGGUAUGCUGCGCAUGAAAGAUCGCAGAUAAAUAGUGGAUUGGCAAACCUUCAGAUUGAGCUGAAUCCGAUGAACAUAGGACUGGCAGAACAUCACCACUUGAACACCCUUGUACCACAUCAGCAGGAGAGACCAAUUUUAAAUUUACCCUUUCAACAACCACAGAUUCAGUACCAGAAUCCCAUGAAUUUUGCAAAUAGUCAACUGCAGUAUAACCAGCAGUACAAUCACUCCGAGCCUCAAUUCAAUCAAUCUUUCGACGCUUAUCAGAUGGACCAAGACCCCUGGUAUCAACGUUAG